GCAGGCACACGGAGCGGUGGAUUAUGGCCACUUCCUCGGUGUCCAAGGGCUGUUUUGUGUUUAAACCAGACUUCAAGAAAAGAAAGAUCUCUGUGCCAAUCGAGGAUUAUUUUAAUAAUGAGAUACUUGGGUCUGAGGACAGUAAACUUCGAUUUGAAACGUAUCACUUGCUAUGGCAACGGAUGAAAUCUGAAACAGAGCAAUUACAGGAGGAAUUAAAUAAAAACUUGUUUGAUAACCUAAUUGAAUUUCUGCAAAAGUCCCAUUCUGAUUUCCAGAAGAAUUCAAGAAACUGGGGCUGUCAAAUGAAACUCAGAGAAAUUCCAACUGCUGCUCUUAUUCUUGGUGUGAAUGUCACAGAUCAUGAUUUAAUAUUCAGAAGUCUAACAGAGACUCUUCAGAAUAAUGUCACACCAUAUGUAGUCUCACUGCAAGCUAAGGAUUGUCCAGAUGUGAAACAUUUUUUACAAAAGUUGACCUCACAGUUGAUAGACUGCUGUGUAGAUGAAAAAUCCAAAGAGACGAGAAGUGUGAAGACCUUCAGAACGACCAACUACUCAAUGGACUCCCUUUGCAGCUGGUACACGACUGCCACACAGACGACAGGCCUCAAAUUGACAAGCAAAAAGAGGACGACCUGUAGCCAAUGGCAGUGUCCUCCUGUUGUGCUCAUCCUGAAGAAUAUGGAGAGCUUCAGCACGAAAGUACUCCAGGACUUCAUCAUCAUCAGCAGUCAGCAUCUGCAUGAAUUUCCACUAAUUCUCAUUUUUGGAAUCGCCACUUCUCCGGUUAUUAUCCAUCGACUGCUUCCUCAUGCAGUGUCAUCUCUGCUGUGCAUAGAGCUGUUCCAGUCUCUGUCUUCCAAGGAGCACCUGACAGUAAUGCUUGAUAAGCUGCUUUUUACAGCUCAAUUUCCUUUUAAAAUAAGUAAAAAGGCAUUACAGGUCCUGACCAACAUCUUUUUAUAUCAUGAUUUCUCCAUUCGAAACUUCAUCAAAGGACUUAAGCUUUCUCUACUAGAACAUUUUUAUUUGCAACCCCUGAGUGUUCUGUGCUGUGAUCUCCCAGAAGCCAAGAAAAGAGUAAAAUUUUUCUCAGUUAAUCAAUGUGAAAACAUCCGGCACCUUCCAUCAUUUAGGAGGUACGUGGAAAAACAAGCUUCAGAAAAGCAAGUUGCACUGUUGACCAAUGAGACAGUUUUAAAGGAGGAAACUCAAUUAUUACUGGAAAAUUUGCAUGUUUAUCAUAUGAAUUACUUCCUCGUUUUGAGAUGUCUUCAUAAUUUUACCUCUUGUCUUCCCAAGUACCCACUGGGCCGGCAGAUCAGGGAGCUAUAUUGCACAUGUCUGGAUGAUAAUGUGUGGGAUUCCGAGGAAUACACUUCAGCCUUGCAGCUGCUGAGAAUGCUGGCAAAGGACGAACUGGUGAGCGUGCUUGAGAAGUGUUGUGAGGUUUUGAGUUCCUCUGCUGAAAAGCAGCUUGGCAGCACAACACAAAAAGUAAAGGAUUUCCUGACCCAGUUUCAGAACCUUGAUGAUAGCAAAGAGGAAGAGGAUGCUUGUGGAUCCCAGCCAAAGGGGCUGCAGAAAACAGACCUCUAUCACCUUCAAAAGUCCUUAUUGGAAAUGAAGGAAUUAAGGAGAACAACUAAGAAGCAAACCAAGUUUGAAAUGCUCAGAGAAAAUGUUGUGAACUUCAUCGACAACCUGGUGAGAGUUUACCUUCUGCCUCCUGAGAGCCAGCCUUUGCAUGAGGUAGUAUACUUCAGUGCUGCCCACACGCUCCGCGAGCACUUAAAUGCUGCUCCACGAAUUGCCCUCCACACCGCACUCAACAAUCCUUAUUAUUAUCUUAAGAAUGAAGCAUUGAAAAGUGAGGAAGGCUGCAUUCCAAAUACUGCCCCCGAUAUCUGCAUAGCAUACAAACUGCACCUGGAGUGUAGCCGGCUUAUUAACCUGAUCGACUGGUCAGAGGCUUUUGCAACAGUUGUGACAGCUGCUGAAAAAAUGGAUGCAAAUUCUACAAGCUCAGAAGAAAUGAAUGAAAUAAUCCAUGCUCGAUUUAUUAGAGCUGUUUCUGAACUAGAGCUUUUGGGCUUUAUAAAACCUACAAAACAGAAGACUGACCAUGUAGCAAGGCUGACAUGGGGAGGCUGCUAAAAAGCAAAUAAGUGAAGACAGGUGUUCCACAUCUGACACGCUAUCAGAAGAAACUACUGCUGAGCUGAGUUUAACCAAAAAGUGCACUGCUAACCUGAAAUCAGUGCAUCGAAACGUCUUUGGAGUACUUCAAAUCUGAUCAACAAAUGCAUAAAUGACCAAAAGCUUUUACACAAUGUAACUAUACUUGCUACAGUUAUUACUAAAUUCUAAACAAAGAGUUGAGUGUAUAGUGUAUAAAUGACAUACUUUCUUAUCCAGAGUAAGUUACUUACACUUGGUCAGCAGUACUCAUGCCUUUCUCCAGAUACUUUCACUCCUCACACUAUGCGUAUUGUAUAAAAUAAAAAACAGGUGUUUUUCUUGC